AUGCCUCCAAACUCUUCAUUCCCAAUUUCACAGCCCCUCUUCCCAUCCUCUCAAACCCUAACCUCUCCCAACCUUCGACCACCUCUAUCAACUCUUCGCCGGUGGCCCAGUGCCGAUCACCACCACCUUCUGCCCGCCCUCUUUUUCAUCUACAAAUUUAUGGAACGAUUCUUUAAAAGAAAAUUAUCUACGGAUAGUCAUUCUCCGUCUAAUCCGGGUAGUUCAAAUGCAAGACCAAUUGAAGUAGAUGAGAUCUUAGCUAAUCUUCAGGCAGACCCUGGAUUAAGAACUCGAAUGGUGGAUUAUAGUCCUAAUAUUCGGAAUGAGAUUCGAAGAGCAUAUCUACAAAAGGGACAUUGUCAACCUAGAAGUUAUAAAUUCCCACAAACUAAUCAAUCUGGAAUUAAUAGACGCUUCAAUGCUUAUUGGUUUGAUGAUCAUGAUUGGUUGGAAUAUAGUAUUGCUAAAGAUGCAGCGUUUUGUCUUCAUUGUUAUCUAUUCAAAUCUAAUUUUGAUCAAGUGGGUGGUGAUGCAUUCACUAAGGUAGACUUCAAUAAUUGGAAGAAGGCAAAAGAAAGAUUUAACCUUCAUAUUGGACCGGUUGGUAGUGUUCACAACCAAGCUAGAGAAGUUGCUUACAAUUUGAUGUAUCAAACUACACACAUUGAAACAAUUGUGAUCAAGCAAACAAGCCAAGCUCGCACGGGUUACCGCACUUGCUUGAAUUCAUCACUUAAGUGCACUAGGUAUUUGUUGCGACAAGGUCUUUCUUUUCAUGGUCAUGAUGAAAGUGCACAAUCAAGUAAUAAAGGGAAUUAUUUAGAGCUCUUGCAAUUUCUUGCGAAUCAUGAUGAAAAAGUUAAGGCCGUUGUGUUGGAAAAUGCUCCGGGAAAUUUAAAGUUAAUAGCUCAUUCAAUUCAAAAAGAUCUUGUCAAUUCUUGUGCUAAGAAACCAUUGGUCUUAACUUGA